AUGAAGAAGUUUUUCACCUUCUGGAGAGGGAAUGGUGAGCCCCACAGCUUCUUGUCAUGCCAGACCAAAGGGCGGGCCAGUACUGGUGCCCCCGCAACGCCUGGCUACAACCUUCGAAAUAAGGAUUUGAAGAAACUUCAUAAAGCUGCAGUAGCCGGGGAUUUGGAAAAGAUGAAGUACUUGCUGCUCAGGAAACAUGAUGUGAACAUUAGGGACAGAGAAUACAGAACACCUUUGCACCUGGCCUGUGCUUAUGGAUAUUCAAAUAUUGUAUCUCUCUUAAUUGAGAAACAAUGCAAAAUAAACCUCAGGGAUCGUGAAAACAAAUCUCCAUUGACUAAGGCAGUGCAGUGUAACAAGGAGAAUUGUGCUACUAUUCUUUUAGACCAAGGUGCAGACCCAAAUCUGGUGGAUUUAGAUGGCAAUACUGCUCUUCAUUAUGCUGUCUGUGGUCAAAGUAUCUCAUUAGUCAAACAACUGCUUGAACACAAAGCUAAUCUUGAAGCACAAAAUAAGGAUGGGUGCACUCCACUUUUACUUGCCAUUACUAAAAACAAUGCAGAAAUGGUAGAAUUUCUUCUGAAGAGAGGGGCAGAUGCGAAUGCUUCAGAUAAAAAUCAAAGAACAGCCCUUAUGAUUGCUCUAAGUGAUGAACCAACAAGUUUAGUCAGUCUUCUUCUUCAGCGAAAAGUGGACCUAUCUUGCCAAGAUAUUUAUGGAUUCACGGCUGAGGAAUAUGCUUCUUUUAAUGGUUUUACUAUAUAUCAUCAUUUAAUUGCUUAUUAUGAAAAGGAGAAGAAAGUUAAAACAAUGUCUUUCGAAGGUACAACCUUGGAUGCUACAUUUGAUACAGAAGAACUGAAGGAAGGUUAG